UGCAGGGCUGGAAUGGACCUGCUCUGCUUCUACUCUCAGACCGUAAAGGGUCUGCAGUAGAUGUGUUUUUGCCCGGACUUUGGGCGGUGCUACACGUGGUCUGCAUCAACACGUAUGUUCUCCACACUCUGCAGAGUCGAGGCUCGAGCCGGAGCGUUCAGCUGACUGAGUUCACCAGGAUUCUGGUCUCUCAGCUGGCUGCAGAAAACAGCAUCGUCCCCGCCCUGCCUCGGCUAAACAGCUGUUCCUACCAGGAAAUGAGUUUGCCUAAUCGUUUUAAGCAAAGGUAAAAGAGGUUUGAUUCAUGCUGAUUAUAACUUUCAGGUUAUUGGGUGAUGUAAAUCUCUUAAAUGACAUUAACAGUUUCAUCUUGCUUCAGACUAUUGUCAUGUUCUGAGGAUAUUUAGGACCCAAAUAUGCAGAUACACAGAUGACAAGAGGCAGAAGUAGAUUCAAAGUAAAAAUCCUUUUAUUUGGAGGAUAAAGAACAAAAAGUAAUCCAAGGCAGCGAGCCAAAGUCCAAUACGUCCUGGGGAACAGGAACACCCAAAGCUCUUCUUAGAGCACAAAAACCUGGAGACAAAGCUCAACCAAGAGCACGAAGACCUGAAGGCAAACGCUCACAACAGCGCACACGCAACACUGACAACAUACAACAAUGAACCGACACCAGACACAGACAAGACAGAGCUUAUAUACACAGGGAGAAGUGAUUAGGGAAAAUGGCGGCAGGUGUGUGGAGUGAGAGCUGGAGGCAAGACAGGUGAACCUAAUAAUCAAAAUGGGCAAACAGAAACAGAGGAGGGCAAACUAAACCUAAAGGCUGCGGGAAGAAUUAACACACACACACACACACACCAUCACACAGACACAAAUGCACUAAUAUAAACAGGAAUGGGGAAUGGACACACACCCACACACAGCUGGGGACAAAGAGGCUGGAGCUGCAACUUGGGGCACAGAGGAUAACUAAAUGAACACUGGACCUGAGGGGUUGAUAAAAAGGUUGAAUACAAACAGCUGUACUCGGGCAGUGGAAGAUGUAAAAAACAGCUCUGGAGCAGAGUUAAAGUCCAGAUGGAACAAACCUGGAGUUUGUGGGUUAGACAACUCUGGCAACUCCUGCUACUUAAAUGCUGUGUUACAGUGUCUCUGUUCUACUGUGCCUCUUGUGGAACAUCUCCUUAACCAGGAUGCACGUAAAGAGUUUGCAAAGUGUAGAUGCAGGGUUGCAGAGGUUUUCGCCCGUCUCCUGGAGAAGAUGUGGUUGGGCAGCAGCUCCAUCUGUGCCCCUGCUGAAACCAGGUCUGUGCUGUGCUCCAUCUUCCCCCAGUUCAACAACUUCUCACAGCAAGAUGCCCAGGAACUGCUGCUCUAUCUCCUCAAUGCGCUCCAUGAUGACCUAAAAAAGGUAGCAAAGCGCCAGACACAUUUCCUGAAACAACCAAGAAAAGAACCAAACAGAAACAUUGACGCUGAGCCCACCAUCGUCUCACACCUGUUUGAAGGCCAGCUAAGCUACACGACCAUCUGCAUGCACUGUGAUCACCAGGCGCACAACACUCAAAGCUUCACCAUUUUGUCUCUUCCACUGCCCAAAGACACCUCGAAGUGCUCCAUUCAGGACUGCUUGUCUCUGUUUUUUGAGGAGACCCUGCUGACGGGGAGUGAGCAGAUGCUCUGUUCAGAGUGUGGGCUGAGAAGGGAAACAACUGUCCUCACACGUUUAGAAAAACCUCCAGAGAUCCUCCUGUUGCACCUGAAGAGGUUUGGCCGUAAAGGGAAGAAUCAGGUAAAACUCAGGACCAACGUUCUGUUCUCCAUGAAGCUGGAUCUCUCGGCUUUUCUCUCCUGCUCGGAGCAAAACGCAUCUGCAUACCACCUCUAUGCUGUUGUAGUGAGUAUAUGUGGAGCUGUGGCUGGAUUUUUGUUUGGGAUUUGCAGUCAGAUCAUCAGAUCAAGCUGUUUGGAGAAAUUUAGAACUACUCUUACCUUAUUGGAGUGUAAAUUAUGUCUUUUGGGAUUUUACUCUUUUCAAGAACCACAUGGGUCAUCUGAACAUGGGUCACUACACCGCUGUGUGCUACAAUGGCCCAACCCAAUCGUGGCACUGCUUUGACGACGCAGUUUUAAGAGAAGUAGAGGACACCCACAUCCAAUCUCCAGAUGUCUACAUGUUGCUCUACAGCCACAAGCCUUUCCAGAAACCAAAGAUCCAAGGACUCUGAGCUCAGCUCAAAGGAAAAAACCCAUCGCUCAUUUAACGUGUUCUUCAUUUUUUUGCAGAUUUAAUCCUAACUUGUUAAAAAGGUUUUUUUGUACCUGCCAGAAAUGUAAUCAGAAGCCUGUGAACUUGAGCCAACAUGAAAUUUACAAAAAUGCACAUUCACAAAAUGAAUUUGUAGUAGUUUUAAUAAAUAGUCAUGAGUUGUUUGAGGUUA